AUGCAGAUAAAGUGGUCCCGCUGGGUCAAGAUGUGGUCUGGAGUCCUGCUGACUCUUUGGCUCUGUUCAAGCCUUGAGGGGAAAGAAAACUCGUUCACCAUCAACAGCAUCCGCAUGGAGAGCCUGCCCAAGUGGGAUCUGAAGAACGGACAGAACCUGACGCUCCAGUGCAUCGUGGAUAUCAGCACCACCUCGCCCACCAGGCCCCAGCACCUGAUGCUCUUCUACAAGGAUGACGUGAUGUUCUACAACGUCUCCUCCACAGAGAACAUGGAGAGUUACUUCAUUCCCCAAGUCCGAGUUUAUGACUCGGGGAAAUACAAAUGCACUGUGAUCCUGAACAGUAAGGAGAAAACCACUGUGGAGUAUGAAGUGUUGGUGAGAGGAGUACCCAACCCCAGGAUGACGCUGGAUAAGAAGGAGGUGACAGAAGGUGGGAUCGUGACAGUCAAUUGUUCUGUUGAAGAGGAAAAGGCCCCAAUCAAUUUCAGUAUCGAAAAGUUUUCACUAGAAACAAAAAACAUCAAAAGAACAAGAACAAAGAAUUCUCAGAAUCAAAAUUUUGUGACGUUAGAAUUUCCAAUUGAGGAGCAGGACCAUAUUUUAAUGUUCCGCUGCCGAGCUAUGAUCAUCCAUGGAGUUCGGGUGGAGUCCUCAGAAUUAGUCAAGAGUGAACUGGUCACCGUGAGGGAAUCCUUCUCUAUUCCCAAGUUCCACAUCAGUCCUGCAGGAUUGAUCACAGAGGGAGAUCCGCUGCACAUUAAGUGCACCAUUCAAGUGCCAUACCAGACCCAGGCAUUUCCCGAAAUCAUAAUCCAAAAGGGUAAGAUGAUUGUGGCACAUAGCGAACACAGCAGUGAAGCCGUCUACUCAGUGAUGGCCACGGUGGAACAGAAUGGUAAUUACACCUGCAAAGUGGAGGCCAGACGGAUAUCCAAGGUCAGCAGCAUCGUGCUCAACAUAACAGAACUUUUUUCCAAGCCAAAGCUGGAAUCUUCCACCACACUUCUGGAUGAGGGUGAAAGUCUAAGUCUAUGGUGCACCAUCCCAGGGGCCCCCCAAGCCAACUUCACCAUCCAGAAGGGAAGCCUGAAUGUGACACAUGCUCAGAAUUUCACCAAGGUUGCCUCCAAGAGGGACAGCGGGACAUACACUUGUGUUGCAGGUAUUGGCAACGUGGUCAAGAGGAGUAAUGAGGUCCAGAUCACCGUGUGUGAAAUGCUCUCCCAGAUCAGAAUUUUUCAUGACACCAGAUCUGAGGUGAUAAAAGGACAGUCCGUUGCAAUCUAUUGCCAAUCAACAAACGGAACGUCACCUAUUUAUUACCAGCUUUUAAAAGCAAAUAAAGUUUUAGGGAGCUUGCAAAAGGACUCAAACAACCCUGCGGUAUUCCACGAUAAUCCAACAAAAGAUACUGAAUACCAGUGUAUUGCGGAUAAUUGUCAUUCCCACACCGAAAUAAUCAGCGAGGUCCUGAAGGUCAAGGUAAUAGCUCCAGUUGAUGAAGUCAAGCUGGCUAUCCUAUUGAAUGAGGAAGUGGAGUCUGGGGAGACCAUUAAGCUUGAGUGCUCUGUGAAUGAAGGUACUGGGCCAAUCACCUUUAAGUUUUAUCGAGAAAACGAGGACAAACCCUUCUAUUACACCUCUUCAAAUAUCACCCAGGCAAUUUGGCAAAAACCAAAGGCUAGCAAGGAGCAGGAAGGGCAGUAUUACUGCACCGCCAUCAACAGAGCCAACAUUGCCAGAGACAUCCCUCGCAGCAAUAUGCUGACAGUCAGAGUCUUUCUUGCCCCGUGGAUGAAAGGACUUAUUGCAGUGAUUGUAAUUGGGGUGAUAAUUGCCGCCUUGGUUGCUGGGGCCAGAUACUAUUCUCUGAAGAAAUCCAAGGCUAAACAGAUGCCAGUGGAAAUGUCCAGGCCAGCAGUACCAUUGCUGAACUCCAACAACGAGAAGAUACUAUCCGAUUCCAAUACUGAAGCCAACAGUCAUUACGGUUACGAUGAAGAUGUUGGAAACCACGCAAUGAAACCACUAAAUGAAAACAAAGAGCCUUUGAACUCGGACGUGGAGUACACAGAAGUAGAAGUGUCUGCACCUGAGCCUCACCGAGCUCUGGAAAUGAAGGGCACAGAGACGGUGUACAGUGAAAUCCGGAAAGCUGACCCUGCCCUGCAGACGGCAGCCCGGCCCUUCCGGUCUGUGGGGCUGGUCCUGCAGCAGUGCCCCAGAGAGGGCAAGAGGAGGUGUCUGGAAAGGACCUCGGUCUGGGGCCUGGAGAAAGGCUGGACACAGAAUCACGUCUCCCUCCUCCGGGUGGAGUGA